CAAUGGAUCCAUACGUGCGAAAGGACUAGCGUCGCAUAAAAAGCGAGUAAAUGGUAUCUUUCAACUCAGAACGCCGCAAGUCGCCUUGCAUGUGAUACGUGAAAUUUUUAUCAAGUGAUUUUUUAAUUCAGUGUGAACAAGUGAUAGCAGAAACAUGUGUGGAAUUUUCGCUUAUCUGAACUACUUGACCCCAAAGAGCAGGAGGGAGAUCCUGGAGCUUCUUGUUGGAGGACUAAAAAGGCUCGAAUACCGAGGAUAUGACUCAGCUGGUGUUGCCCUUGACACUCCUGGCUGUAAGGACAUUUCCAUUAUCAAGAAGCAGGGAAAAGUUGUCACUCUCGAAGAGGAAAUUUUCCAGCGUACCAAUCUUGAGUUUGAGUCGCAAAUAGAAAGUCACGUUGGAAUUGCUCACACCCGUUGGGCAACUCAUGGGGUUCCAUCUGAAGUUAAUUCACAUCCCCAGCGAUCUGAUGAAGGACAUGGAUUUGUUGUUGUUCACAAUGGUAUCAUUACAAAUUAUAAGGAAGUGAAAACUCUUCUUGAACAAAGAGGGUACGUUUUUGAGAGUGAAACUGACACGGAAAUAAUUGCAAAAUUAAUCCAUCAUCUUUGGGUUCAACACCCGACCUACUCGUUCCGCGAACUCGUCGAACAAGUUGUUCAACAACUAGAAGGUGCCUUCGCCCUUUGCUUUAAGAGCAAAUAUUUCCCAGACGAAUGUGUUUCAACCAGACGAGGAUCUCCAUUGCUUGUUGGAAUAAAAACAAAAACUCGUUUGGCCACCGAUCACGUUCCUAUUCUUUAUGGAAAAGAUGACCUUCCACGCACGCCGAAAGAACGUGAAGAUCCGAAUAAAGCUCUUAAAGAUUGUAUGAUGAGACAGUUCACAAAGAAAGAAUCUUUCGCAGAUCAUCGUCCUCAUGGCCGUCCCGCAGAAUUUCCGGUUUUGGCAAGAAGUGAGAGUACUUCCGAGUUCCAACCUCUGGAGGACAAAGAAGUCGAAUAUUUUUUUGCUUCUGAUGCGAGUGCCGUUAUUGAGCACACUAAUCGUGUCAUCUUCCUUGAGGAUGACGAUGUAGCGGCCGUGAAAAAUGGAGCUUUGUGCAUUCAUCGCGUGCGUCGUUGUUUGGACGAUCCCCACGCUCGAGAAAUCACAAUUUUAAAGAUGGAGAUCCAGCAGAUUAUGAAGGGUAAUUACGAGUACUUCAUGCAGAAGGAGAUUUUCGAGCAGCCAGAGUCUGUCGUUAAUACGAUGAGAGGACGUCUUAACUUCCAGAACAACACUGUCAUUCUUGGUGGAAUUAAAGACUACAUUCCUGAAAUCAAAAGAUGCAGGCGGCUAAUGCUGAUUGGCUGCGGAACAAGUUACCACUCAGCAGUGGCAACUAGACAACUUUUGGAAGAGUUAACCGAAUUGCCAGUGAUGGUGGAACUCGCUUCUGAUUUUCUGGACAGAAAUACUCCCGUUUUCAGGGACGAUGUUUGCUUCUUUAUUUCGCAGUCAGGUGAAACUGCUGAUACGUUAAUGGCUCUGCGCUAUUGUAAAUCAAGAGGAGCUUUGAUUGUUGGAAUCACAAAUACGGUCGGCAGCAGCAUUUGUCGAGAAUCACAUUGUGGAGUUCAUAUUAAUGCUGGCCCGGAAAUUGGGGUUGCGAGUACAAAAGCUUACACUUCCCAAUUUAUUUCUCUUGUGAUGUUUGCUCUUGUGAUGAGUGAAGAUAGAAUUUCAUUGAGGACGAGGCGAGAGGAGAUUAUUGAAGCUUUGAAAAACCUGGACAACCAAAUUCGCGAAGUUUUAAAACUAGAUGACAAAGUGAAGGAACUAGCGACAUCUCUCUUCCAACAUAAGUCACUUCUUAUCAUGGGCAGAGGAUAUAACUUUGCAACUUGUAUGGAAGGAGCUCUGAAAGUUAAAGAAUUGACGUACAUGCACAGCGAGGGAAUAAUGGCUGGCGAACUUAAGCACGGGCCCUUGGCCCUUGUUGAUGAUUCAAUGCCAGUUAUCAUGAUUGUGAUGAGGGAUCCAGUUUAUAUCAAAUGCAUGAAUGCCCUGCAGCAAGUUACAGCGCGAGAUGGCAGGCCAAUCGUCAUCUGCGAAGAAGGAGACGAAGAGACAAAAUCCUUUGCCGACAGGACUUUGGAGAUUCCAAAAACGGUGGACUGUCUCCAAGGCGUUUUGACAGUCAUUCCAAUGCAACUUUUGUCCUUCCACAUUGCAGUUUUGCGAGGCUGCAACAUCGACUGUCCCAGAAAUCUUGCAAAAUCUGUCACAGUGGAGUAAUAACUCGAAUUUUUGAGUCUCAGGAGAAAAUUUCAAGGCAGAAAGCCAAUCAACGCGAGAGACUCUUCGUGAGAGUUGCGAUCGAAUCGAAUAUCAAAUUAUAGUGAGUCAGAGGCAUUUGAUAUUAAAAAAUCGUUUUCUCGCGCAAAACGAAAUCUGAGUUGAAGUCAGUAUUCGAAAGUCUGUGGUCUAUGUUUUUCGUAAACCUGAGAAGUUUAAUUCUGUUGAUGGAAAUUGACAGAAAACCACUCCAUCGACAAAUGGAUGAGUUUUUAUGAAAGAAAUUAAAAAAAAACGAAGGACAAAACGUGAGCGGGUUCUUUAAAAAAGAAGGAAAGAAAGAAAGUUUGCGAAUGAGAAAAAAUCUGCAAAUUAUAUCAAAAUUAAUAAUUUUAAAAUGAAUGAUAGUUUAAAAAAAGUCAAAAUAUAAAAUAGAAGAAGUUAUAAAUGUUCUCAAUGAUUCAGAGUAGUCGAGAGGAAAAAAAA